UCCGGAGAGGCAGAGGCAGAGUCGCAGUCGCUCCGCCUCCUCGCUUCCUUCACCCCCUGCCGCAACCCGCGCGCCUCCUCCUCCCCUUUUCAGCAGCCGCCGCCGCCGCCGGGGAUGGAGACCACCUACAAGUUCGGGCCCUACAAGAUCGAUGCCAGGGAGGUCUUCCACGCCACUCCCCUCUCCUACGCCAUGGUCAACCUCCGCCCCCUCCUCCCUGGUCAUGUUCUUGUGUGCCCCAAGCGUGAAGUGAAAAGAUUUGCUGAUCUAAGUUCUGAUGAGACGUGUGACUUAUGGGUUACUGCAAAGGAAGUCGGUGUACGUCUUGAGCAGUAUCAUAAAGCAUCUUCACUUACCUUUGCUAUUCAGGAUGGUCCUCAAGCUGGCCAAACAGUUCCACAUGUCCACAUUCAUGUCAUCCCGAGGAAGAAAGGGGAUUUUGAGAAAAAUGAUGAAAUAUAUGAUGCGAUUGAUGUGAAAGAGAAAGAAUUGAAGGAGAAGCUUGACCUGGACAUUGAGAGAAAAGAUAGAAGCAUGGAAGAAAUGGCUCAUGAGGCCAAUGAGUACCGUGCUCUUUUCUCCUAGAAUUAACUCUUCUAUAGUAGUUAGUUUCUAGGUUGAUCUGACUGUUUUCAUAAAUAAGCCUUGCUGCUGCCUUGUCUCCAUUGUUGCAAUCCAGAUAUCAUUUAACUGAUAUGGUGUUGGACUAAUGUUCAGUGGUGUGAACUAGAAUGAUGCUAAUGUGCUAUGUUGUGUACUAUGGGGAAAUAGUCAUCUCUUGUAAGGAUUGCAUUCUUACGGGCAAACCUUCUAGAUUAGAAACUAGUUUUAAUGUACUACAGAGCAUCAGGUGUUUGCUGGAUGAAGUAUAUCCUUACUGCAAAUUUUCUCUUUA